AUUAUAUUAUCAUUAUUGUCGUUGUUAUUUCUGACAUCGUCAUUGUCACACAGGUUCGUGCAUUGCCAGUGUUGUUUUUUGUUUGGGAAUGGUUUAGAACGCGUGGGGGAGGAAUCUCUUUUGUGCUUGAAUGCGGUGUAAGAUAUAUAAAUCCUGUGUUUGUGUUGUGACAGGAUCAGGUUCAGAACAGCUGACGAAUGACGUGUGGAUGCUGAUCAUUUCUUUGAAGCUAAUCGCAACAAAUUUUAUUAAAAUUUUUCGAAGAAAUAUGUGUUGACACUUACGUGGAUUUAAACGAUUAGAUUAUAAUAUCUUAUAAGAAUAGGUGUUCCGUGUUAGAUGGAAGAAGGUCAAGUAUUGUGUAGAAGCUGAUAUUUGCUCGACUUUUUCUGAAGAAAUGUUUUGGGUGUUUCUUAAGUUAAUUUUCGUUCCUUUAUGCGUCAUUGUACUCGAUUUGAAUCAAAGUGUCCAUGCAUCAACUGAUUGGGAUAUUUUAAUUUUCACCCAGCAUUGGCCUAUAACUGUGUGUAUGCAAUGGAAAGAAGCACAAGAGCACCAUUCAUGUAAAAUUCUUCCAGAAAAUACAUGGACAAUCCAUGGAAUUUGGCCUACAAAAGUGGGCACAAUAGGCCCUCUAUUCUGCAACCAUUCUCUUCAUUUUGAUCCUCAAAAGCUAGAACCAAUUGAAAAUAACUUAUUAACCUAUUGGCCUGAUAUAUAUAAUGGAAGCACAACUGGACUUUGGAAGCAUGAAUGGAAUAAACAUGGAACAUGUGCAGCUAUUCUAGAACCAUUGGACACUGAAAUCAAAUACUUUUCCAAAGGACUAGAGUGGAUACACAUGUAUACUAUGGAGAACAUAUUAGCACGAGCUGGAAUAAACCCUGAUAAUAUGGGAUAUACCCCACAGCAAAUUUGGAAUGCUGUUAAAGGAAGCCUUGGCACAAAUCCAGAUGUUCAGUGUGUCAAAGAUAAAAUUAUUCAGUUAGUUCAAUGGAUUACUCUU